AUGAUAAAUUCUGUAUGGAGACCAAUUCAACGAGGAAUUGGUUUUGGUCAAUCAAUACCUCCUCCUCGAUCUGCUUUAGGUUUUAUUAAAAAAUUUCUUAAUGAUUGGUCAUCGAUUUUAGCUGCAGUACUUGCUUAUACUUUCAUAAUAGCUCUUUUACCAAUAGCUGUAACAGCUUUUGGUAUAUUUGCACUUGUUCUACGCGAUAAUCCAGGAGCAAAACAAAGAAUUAUUGAUUCAAUUAUCAAUUCAUUACCAGAGAAUAAUACAAAAAUAGCUGUUCGAGAGGUAACUGUUAUAGCUGCUAAUAAUCUUGCAGAUGAUGGAGGUGGAAUUCUUGCAAUAGGUAUCGUAUUUUCAAUAUGGGGUGGAUCUCGUUUAUUUGUUACUAUUGAUAAUGUACUUACAAUAAUUUAUCGUACAACAAGUCGUUCAUUUAUUUUUCAAAAUUUAUUAUCUAUUGUAAUGCUUAUUUUAUUUAUAUUUCUUAUUAUAAUUAUGUUUAGUGCAAGUAGUAUACCAUCAUUUGUAAUAAAUACAUUACCAAAUAGAAAUGAUGCACAAUUUGGAAUAUUUGUAGCUGGAAUAAUUGUGUCAAUUUUUAUUGCAUUUAUUUUAUUUAUCUUAAUUUAUUUAAUUAUACCAAAUAAAAAAAUGAAAUUAAAACAUAUUUGGUUUGGUGCAUUAAUUGCAUCAUUUUUACUUGAUAUAUUUAUUGUUUUAUUUCCAUUAUAUAUUCGAAGAUUUAUGGGUUCAUUUCUUGGUCUUAUUGGUUUUGCUGUUAUUUUAAUAACGUUUUUUUAUUAUUUUUCAAUUAUUCUUAUUUUGGGUGCACAAAUUAAUGCGUAUUUUUUUGAACGAAUACAACCAUUACCUGACAAUAUAGGUACUUUCUUAAGUCAAGCUGUUAGUAGAAUGUUGAGGACAGCACCAAAGCCGAUAUUUAAUAAUAAUAAUAAUAAUAAUCAAUAUCCUAGACCAAGACGAUCACAACGAUACUAUUAA